AUGAAUCGUUCGAUAUCUAUUAAGUUUAGUUCUUGUCCCACUAAGCCUGGAUUCAGUAUUUUUGGUAGGGCACAGCCCUUUUCUCCUGCAGGGCAUGAUGGGUGGUUUAGCAGGCCUAGACAAGAAGACAUUUCUUGUUUCAACAUGACUGAACACAAUAAAGGAGACAAAGGCUGGUGGAGGAGGCCUAAUCCGAGGAUUAGCCAGAGCAGAUAUGACCUCAAGGGAUCAUCAGAAUCGGAAGACAUGAAUACCCACACCCCAGAUAGGGUUUCAUCAGAUGGAAAUCAGUUCAAGACCUGCGCUGAUUGCGGUACCAGCAAAACCCCUCUUUGGAGAGGUGGCCCAGCUGGCCCCAAGGUCUGA